UUUUUUUCUAUUGAAUUUUUUUAUAACCCAACCACUUUAUUAUGUGAUCUGUAUUUACAAUUUUACAAGUAUUAAAAUCAUAUAAUAAAACGUCUCUAUUUAAUAUAAUAGUGAAUAAAUUAAUAUUCUAAUGUAACUCUACCUAGUUUGUGAUAAUUGUAAUUAAAUCUUUUUUCAUUUUAAACAUAAAAAUAAAAUGCCAAUUUUGCAAAUUGAUACCAAUCUGUCGAAGACUUCUGUGCCAUUAGACUUUGCAGUUCAGACUUGUGAACUACUGGCACAAAUAUUUAAAUCACCAUUAAACUUUUGUGUUGUGCACAUAAAUACUGAUCAAGAUAUAUAUUGGUAUGGAUUAGAUGGUCCAUGUGUUUUGGGAACAUUAAAAAUAGUACGUGGUUCUGGAACAAUCAGUCCUGAACAAAAUAUUGGACAUGCUGAAAAACUUGUAAAGCACAUCAGUGAUAAUUUAAAACUAACUAAUAAGAAUAUAUCAAUAUCAUUUGUGGAACAAGAUGCAGCUAACGUUACAAUCUUUAAUACUACUGUAUCAAAUUUUUUACAAAAUAAAAAUUAAGUAUAAAUUAUAAAAUACAAA